AUGGCUAAACAACAUUUAAAUAUUUAUCUUAUUAUUUNUUUUGAAUAUUGUUCAAUUGAAAACUUGAAAAGAGAGAUACGAAUACAAAGGAAAUUGAAUCAUCCAAAUAUUACUUAAUUAUUCCAUUAUUUUGAAGAUAAGGAUAAAGUUUAUCUUAUUUUAGAGUAUGCAGAACAUGGCUCCCUCUUUUAAUUAUUAACAAAAAAAGGAAAAUUAUAAGAAAACGAAGCAUUAAAGUUUUUUAAGUAAACUUGUUUAGGAAUAGAUUAUUUGCAUCAACAAAAUAUUAUUCACAGAGAUCUCAAAGUAAGUCUUUUUAAAUAAUAUGUAGCCUGAAAAUAUAUUAUUAGAUGUAGCAGAUAAUGUCAAGAUUUGUGAUUUUGGUUGGUCAGCUGAAAAUCUAGGUUCAAAAAAAAGAAAUACAUUCUGUGGAACAAUAGAUUAUAUGGCUCCUGAAAUGAUUGAAGAUAGACCUCAUGAUCAUACUCUAGAUAUAUGGUGUUUAGGCAUUUUAUUAUAUGAAUUAUUACAUGGUGAAGCACCAUUCAAAGGGAAGAAUGAUAUUGAAAGAUGUAAUAAUAUUGUUAAGAUCAAUUACUAAAUUUCUGAUAAUUGUUUGAGUUCGGAUGUUAAAAAUCUAAUUACUGGUCUAAUUAAAUAUUAAUAAAAAGAUAGAUUGACGAUGAAAUAGAUCCUAAAUCAUGCAUGGCUCAAUAAAAAUGAAUUUGAAUUGGAUUAGUUACCAACCUCAUAAAAUAGAGUCAGAGUCUAUGGAAAUACUUUACAUUAAGAAAAUUAAUAUUUCUCUAAAUCUACAGCUACUUCUCAACAAUCUUUCAUGAGGUAAAAUAUAAUACUCUAAACACAAACUGAACAAUCUAUUUAAGAUUACAAAUAGUAAUAUCGACGGAGCAGACAUUCUGAUUCAUAAAAAAAAGAAAUAAGAGCAUACACAACAAAGUAAAAAAAAGAAACCUUUAUGCACAAGUUGCUGAUUGCUUUAGGCUGUGUUAAAAGAGAAUCCUAUACUGAUGCAAAUUUCAAAGAUACUUAAAAAUAAUGA